AUGACUUUAUUCCAUUUUGGAAACUGCGUAGCCUUAGCAUACUUUCCUUACUUCAUUGUUUACAAAUGUUCUGGACUGUAAGUUUGCAGGAAUUUCAGUAUGAUAUUAUGUUCAAGAAGAAUGGGCGGUUGCGUGAGAGUCGCGUGUUCCUCAAUCGAUGUUUGAUGAAGCAAUGAAUUUUGUCUUUCUUUUUCUGGAUCGUAGCUCUGAGUACAGUGCCUUUUGGAGAUGUGUGAAGGCAGGAGCCGCUUACUUGGUUACUCAACUUUGUAAGGUAAAAAGAAAGGCCAGACUAUUUCACACUUCAUUUUAAGGUGGCUCGACCCAGUAUUUUUGUAGCGACACCUUCCAUCUUUGAAUCUCUUAUACUUAAAUAAAUUGUUCUUUACUGUAAAAGCCAUUACAACACAUGUAUUGCACAUAGAUUAAACUUUAUUGUGAUAUAUUAUUUUUUGGGCGAUCGGAAUAAAUAUCACGUAAGUAUAAGAGAUUCAAAGAUGGAAGGUGUCGCUUCACCCAUCUGCAGAGUAUGGCAGAACUCGACGUGAUCUCGCGCGUGCAAGGCCGUUUUUAGGCCCUUAUUGCUUAUAUAUUUUUAAAAAACUCGCGUGUGCACCUGCCAUACUCUGCAGACUGGUUGUUACAAAAAUACUGAGUCGAGCCACCUUAAUUUGACUCUAUAAACUUGGCUGAAACUACAGAAGACAACAUUUAAUAAUUUUAUGGCAAAUUUAACUGUGAAAACAAUUUACAGUAUUUUCUAUUUUUCAAAAAGGAGUGCAGUGAAACAGCAAUGGACCCUCCCAGGAUUUUUUUUUUCAACUUCUCAUAUUGAUUAGAAACAAGUGUAGCGAAACUUGCAAGUUUGUGCCCCCACCAUACAAAGUAAUGUCUGUAAAAUAAUUUAUCAUUAAUUUUCCUGACUUUUGCAGCCAAAUCUUGGCACAUUUCUGAAAUAGCGAUGUUAAGUGAAAAAUGAUCGUUUUUAGGUGAUUUGUCCAGAAUAUUACCAAUGUCAUGUAUGUUUCCUAGCUGCUCCUUUUCAAAACGUUCAGUGUGACUAUGUCCCUGUUGUGGUUUAUUUUUAUCCAUUGUUUAUUUCCUCUUCUUGUUAAACUCAUUAUCAUAUGUCAUUACCAUACCUCAAAAACAAAGGGAAAUAAAAUUUAAACCAAGAAUAAAAUUGAACUACAAUAUAUCCAUGUACUUCACAGGCAGCUAAAUAAAAUUGAAGAGAGCCUAGCAUGAAAUCCAGGAUGCCCAGCGCGUAUUUUUUUUUAUGUUACCUCGAAUCUCCAUAAGACAGAAACCUCUUUAAGACAAACAGUAGGGGCCGGUCCUGAAGGUGUCUGUCUUAUUGAGCUAGUUGACUGUAUUGAAACUGGCAAGGUAUUCUUUAGUUAUUACAAUGUAUUUUGUAUUAACAAGAGGUGUGUGACAGCUUUAAAUUAUGUUCUUUUUUCAGAUGUUGGUUCUUGCAACAUUUUUUCCCACAUCAGAUGUAUCUCCAGGAUACAUGGACUUCAUGGGGGUAUGUUGUUUCCCUUUUUGUAUCUAAAGCCAUUGCAUACAAUUUGAUUUUAAUUGAUUAAAACAACGGCAUUAUGACUACAGUCCAACCCAGCUUUGGGGACACCAGCUUAAUACGGACACCUCAUGUUUACGGACAGUUUGCUUUGUCCCUUGGGAAAGAAUGCCUUUACAUUUUUUCUCUAAAUUCAACCUGCUUAAUACAGACGCCCCAUGAAUACGAACACUUUCUAUGGCCCCCUCAGUGUCCGUAUUAACGAGGUUUGACUGUACCUUGUUGUUGUAUCUAUUUAGAACCAUUUUUUACAGCCUGCGGUUGGCCUAAAAUGGUUAUAGUGUAACCCCUCACAUCUGCUAUCAUUAAAUUUAUUUCCCUACAUUAAAAUUUUGCUUAGCAUUGCUGUAAAAAAGUUAUCAAACUCACUAGUAGUUUUUCUUAUUUAUCAUUUUAGGAAUUUCUUCGAUCCACAGUAGACAUAGCAGAUCUUGUUGGUCUUCAUCUGGUGAUGACCAGAAUUGCUGGCAAGGGUGAACUGAAAGUGUUAGUGGCAGGAGUAGGUAUGAUCAGGGUUCUCAAUAAGAGCCAACGGCCGGCAAAAUUCACUAGCUACCUACUUUUCUUUGAAAAUUCCCCCCCCCCCCCCCCCCCCCCCAAAACCACAAACCCAACACAACACUACAAUCACCCUUAUGUUACGUUCCACACAUUGCCAUUUCUUCUCGUUAAAGAGGACUGGCAUUGUAAAAUGGCGCACCCGCAAAGUUUUUGCCAUAGGGCUGUACCAUGACACCGCCCCCCCCCGCACAUCGGUCACUCCCAGCCUGACCAACAGCCUCUACGUCACCUACUGCUUCGAACCAACAGGAACAUGGCUGAUCUUGUUUUUCCUUAUCGUGGGGUGGACCAAAAUGUUGGGAAGGGUGAAAUUAAAGUGUUAGGGGGAGGAGUAGGUAUUAUCAGGGUUUUAAAAAAAAGCCAACGGCCCGCAAAAUUCCCCAGCUACCCACUUUUCUCUUAAAAAUUCCCCCCCCCCCCCGCCCCCCCAAAAGCCAAAAUUCAAAAUUCAAAAUUCAAUGAUGUCUAUGUUCUGUUCAAACACUCUAAUUUUUGCUCGAUAAUGCUGGAAAUGCACUGUAAGAGGCCCAGAUCUCAAAUUUUUUCCGAAGGGCAUGCUCCAGGACCCCCCCCCCCUAGUAAAUUGCGCUUUCAGCGCUCGCAAGACGCAAGUCGCAAGUCCCUUCCAUGCCUACUUUAAAGCUUUUAUUCCUAAUUAUUAUGUGUCUGAAUCAUGAGUGGGAAAGAUGAGUGGAAUCCUGCAUUCUGAUUGGCUACCAGAGUGAGCGAGAUGGGGCCUUUCUUGCCCUUUCAUGAUUUCCAUUGGUCCCACAAGGAAAAAGUUGUCAUUUUGGCCUUACAAUAAAUCCUUUAUUGACCAAGCGAGUUCGGUCAUGAUGGCUGAAUAAUAAAUAUCCUCGUUCUUUUUUGCGAUACAAUCACAAAAAAAGAACUUGGCCAAUAUCCAGGCAUCUUGAUCUCACACUUGGUCUGAAUCGACCGGCCAUUAAUGCCAUCCAGUGACAUCAUCACUACCCGAAAACUGGGUAGUGAUUUUGAUUGGUUGAUUGUCUAAACAUUCGCAUAAUUAUGAGAAAUUUUAGUGGGAUUGUCGCUUGAUAUUCAGGAGAUCAUGUCCCUUGUAUGCUUUCGUGGAGUUCAAACAUUUUGAUAAUCUUUAUCUUGAACAACAAAAUUGCCCUUGUCUUCCGAACUGAAAUGCUAAAUUGAACUGCGAAUGAAGAAUCAUUACGGAGAGUCGGUAGGUUUUUCAUUUAGAGGCGCUUUGUGGUUUUGGCAGUGAUUUUGUUUAUGCAAAGUUUCUGAGACCAAUGUUGUAAUUCGACCUCCUAGAGCUAUUUUCACCGUCAACUGUAUUGAUUCUGUUAGCUCUUCUUUCUUGUUCCCUUGUUUUUUCUUCGUUACUAGUAAGGACCAGAUAGCUUCUUUCAGGGUGCAAAGAAAGUCAGUUUCACAGCUUCCCAUUCGGGCAAGCUGUAGCUAACAUGUACUAGCACGAAAGUCAUUUCAACUAGCCCGAAAAAAAUUUGAUGAGCAGGAUUGAUUACAGUUCUUCUGUUAUUCAAAUUCCCAAAAAAAUAUCACUUGCCCGUAGGGCAAGUUAAAAACAGAAUUCACUAGCCGGAUAACAAAAUCCACUAGCCCCGGGCUAUCGGACACUACUUUCUUUGCACGCUGUUCUUUUCAAUUAAAGCAAAUCAUUGUGUUUUUAACCUAAGUGUUCCGUGUGUGUACUUAUUUCAUUGUGUGAUUGCAACCGAGUUUGAUUAUGGAAUUAAUAAUAAUAAUAAUAAUUAAAAAUUUAUAACGCGCCUUUUCCAUGCAAAUAUGAUCAAAAGCGCGUGACAACUCGUAAAUGUGUAAACUAUAAUGAGCAAAAUAAUUAAGGCCAAGAAUAAACAAUGCUAAAAAUUAAAUAAAGAUAAAAAAAAGACACUAAAUAUGUUACAUAGUAGGUAAAAAAAAUUACAUAUCAAAAGCUAGUCUAAAAAGAUGCGUUUUUAGUAAAGAUUUAAAACGUUCAAAAUUGUCCUCAAGAUGGAUGUGAAGGGGCAGAUUGUUCCAUAAAUUAGGGGCAGCAGAUGAAAAAGCACGAUCCCCUGAAGUCUUUUUCAGUUUUAAACUAGGAUACUUUAAGAUAAGACCGCUAGCUGAACGGAGAUUAUAGUGCGGCUGUUCUUUGAUAGCAAUCAAAUCGAUCGAGUAACCAGGUGCAUGACCGUAGAUAGCUUUAAAAGUAAAAAGAAGUAUUUUAAAAUCAAUACGAAAUUUGACAGGAAGCCAAUGUAACGCACAUAGUACUGGUGUUAUGUGACUGUAGCGAGGGACAUUAGACAUAAGUCGAGCAGCUGCAUUCUGCAAGCGUUGCAAUUUAAGUAGAUGAGUAGAGGGUAAACCAAAUAGAAGGCUGUUGCUGUAAUCUAUACGACCAAUGAUAAAAGCAUGGACCAAAGUUCAUGCAGACUCCUGGGACAGAUAUUUUCGGAUACGCCGAAUAUUGUAUAAAUGGAAAAACCCAGAUUUACAAGUUUUUUGGAUCUGUUCCUGGAGAUUCAAGUUAGAAUCGAACCAUGUCCCUAAAUUUCUUGCCACAGUGACAGGAACAACGUCAAUGCUUCCUACAGUAAGGAAGUCAAUAUUUACUUUGGUAAGUUGUUGUUUUGUACCAAUCAACAUGAACUCAGUUUUGUCAUCAUUAAGUUUGAGCUUAUCCGUAAGCAUCCACGUACGAAUGUCCGAUAUACAGCGUUCCAUGGCAAUGACCGCAUCAGUCUGAUUAGUAGCCGUGUCAGGACUAAAUGACAGGUAAAGCUGAGUGUCAUCAGCAUAGGCAUGUGCUUCAGGUAGAUGGCAUUUGAUGACUUCAAACAGUUUGCUGGAAUAAAUGGUAAAAGACAAUGGCCCCAGACACGAUCCUUGUGGAACGCCAUAAGGAAGCUUAGAACUGUCAGAUGUAAAGCCAUUUAGCAAGACUCGUUGCGACCUGUUGUUAAGAUAAGACGUAAACCAAUUAAGGGCGGUGCCAUUAAUGCCAAUAUUUGACUUAAGACGAGCAAGCAGGAUAUUGUGGUCAACAGUGUCAAACGCUGUGCUCAAAUCUAGAAGAACUAGAAGAGUUACAUGCUUGCAAUUCAUAUUCAUGAGAAUGUCAUUUUGUACCUUCAGUAGCACUGUUUCUGUGCUGUGACCCUUUCGGUAAGCAGAUUGCGAGGUUGGAUAAAGGGCGAAUCGACUCAUAUGACUGUGAAUUUGGUCGAAAACAGCGCGCUCUGUCAAUUUUGAUAUAAAGUCCAAGUUACUGACAGGGCAAAGGUUAUUCAACUGCGUGGGGUCUGAGCCAGGUUUGUUAAGGAUUGGAGUAACCAGAGCUUCUUUCCAUUCCUCAGAGAAAUGGCCGCAUGAUAGCGAAAGAUUUAUAAUUUGUGAAAUAACAGGCAACAGCAGGUCAAGGCAGCCAACAACCAGAGAUGUUGGCAUCGGGUCCAACGGGCAGGACUUCUUAGCAGACUUACGAAUGAGCGCAGAGACGUCGUUUUCCGAGAGUGGUUGAAAGGAAUGAAAAGCAUGCGUAUCAUCUACUUCCUGAUCAGGAGGUAGCGCAUUGCGCGCGCUUGGUUCGAUGUCUACGGCAUCAAUAUCAGAACGAAUUGUAUCUAUCUUUCGAACGAAAAAACCGCCGAUGUCAUUGGCUAGUUUUGAUUUGUCCUGAUAAUUAGGAAAUGAAAACUCCUCUUUCUUAGCAAGGAGUUGUUUGGUAGCUCUGAAUAAUCUUUUAUGGUCUGUGCUAUUCUCAUCAAUAAAGUUAGUGUAAAAUGCCUGCCUGGCCUGGUUCAUGAGGUACGUCACGCGGUUUCUGUAAGACUUGAAAAUAUUCAAGUCAGACACAGAUCUCGUUCUCCUCCAGGUUCUCUCAGCCUUACAUCUCAAGCGUUUAGCGGCCUUUAUCUCGUCGUUGUACCAAGGCACUGCAGGUCUAGCUUUCACAGUCUUAGUCUUAAGUGGGGCGUGACAAUCAAUGACUUUGGAAAGUGUAGUGUUGUAUCUGCGUACAAGAGCAUCCAGGUCACGUGGAUCUUCUGAGUGAAGAUGCGCUUGCAGAUCCGGUGGAUCACUGCAUAACAAGGAGUCAGAUAAGUCCCGCUUAAGAGAUUCAAGAUCCACAGAUUUCAGCUUUCUGUAGACGACGUUCUUAGUAGUCAUGCAAGGUCUGUCGGGCUGAAGUGUACAAUAAACAGAUGCGUGGUCAGAGAUAAAGCGAUCAACUACAGGGACCUUAUUUAAGAUGUCAUCGCUAGAACGGGUGAUAACGAGAUCAAGUGUGUGACCCUGAAUUUGCGUAGGCUAAGUGAUGUGUUGCUGGAGGCCAACAGACUGUAAAAGAUCUAGUAGUUUGACUGAGUCAGGAUCAUGGGGGACGUCGACGUGGAUAUUAAAGUCACCAGCAAUCACAAGAUGCCCUUUGGAGAGAAGUAUAGAUUCUAGGUAGGCAGAGAACUCCAUGAAGAAAUCAUUAGUUGAGACUCUGAGAUCAGCUGAAUAAGGUGGACAAUAAAGAAGGACAAGCCGAAGAUUGAGCGAAGGUGAUGAGAUUGUCCAUUCAGAGUAUUCAAAGGAUUCUUUCUCGCCAGCAUCAAUCCUUCUGACAGAUAGCGAAUCACGGUAUAUCAAGGCCACUCCACCACCACCACGACCAGUACGUGGGCGAUCAGAAAUUUUGUAUCCGACCGGGCACAAUUCAGCUCGCACAGCAGCGUCGUCAGUAGUCAGCCAAGUCUCAGUGAUCGCAACAAGGUCAGCCUUGCAGUCGCAUAUAUAAUAAAAAAGGUCAGCAGUCUUAUUUUUCACAGAACGAGCAUUUAGCAAGCACAGCGACAAGUGUUUGUCUGCAACAAUCGGUGCCAAGGCAGAAUAACGACGAACACUAAUUAAAUUGCUAAUAUUCCGUGACAAAGAUGACAGUUGAGUUUCAUGGUUAUGACUUCUGCGAGUUGAAACAAUCACCGGGAUUCCUUUGGGUCCAGGAUUCAAUUUAAAUACCAAAUCACCAAUAAGCAAUGGAUGGAACGAUGCCGAUGUGUUGGAAUAAUAUGCACAAGGACACCUGUAACGCCUGAUCCUAGGCCGUCUGAAGAAUAUAGAAUAAUUAGCCGGUAUAUACACCAAACAAGCAUUGUUAUGAUGAGAAGGUGCGAUGGUGUUGUUCCAACACCAACAAGACAAUGGGUAAUCAACAGCAAUUCCGUAAGCAUUGUUCACAGGCUGGGCCAAGCAACGUAGAUUUGUCAGAGUCGGCAAUGUAGAGCAAGGUAAAACUGACUCAAUAAGAGUCGAAAUAAACUCGAAAUAACUCCUGCAGAGGCACCGAGCUGUGACAAGUUGCUUUAGAUAUUCUCGAUCAGGAUAAAGACACCAAAGGGGUAGUAAAAAGAGCAAAAAAUUGCAGAUGGAAAAAACAUGUCCGCCCUUCAUUAUUAUAUUACAAGCGGUUCAGAGUACUGCAUGCAGUUGAUAGUUUGAAUGUUCAACAUACAUUACGAUCCAAAAAAGUAAAGCCAUUCUGUAUCAUGCAGACAUUUCCAAACAAUAUUUCUUGGUUUGACACUUGAAAAUCAUGCUUAACUUUUUGCAUAAAUUAAAGCAAAGGAGUAGUUACGUCACUGGAUGGCAAUAAACAGCCAGUCGAUUCAGAUGUUACUGAGGGAGUAAUAAUGACUCGAAGUAAUCGGAUAAAAUUCAGGCUACAUAUUUACAUGUUUCAUAUUUUCAUCAAAAAUUGGGUGCUUAUAUAUUUUCAGGCAAAACUGGCAGGCUUGACCAGUCCAGUUGUGAAAAGAAUUUCAUCAUUAGUCAGGACUAUCCAGACUAAAGCUAUUCUUCUAGAAUAAUUUAAGGAUGCCCAGUGCUCUGAAAGUGUGAAAUCCAUAGUGCUCAGCAGAAAAUGUCUAAGAAAAACAACGACAACAACAAAAACAACAAAAACUAAGAUUUCCUUGUUACCCAAGAGCAAAGGUAAUUUGCCGUUGGUCACUGGGCACUGUUAGAGUGCGGCCGUGAUCUAGGCAGAUCAGUCUAUUCCUAAAUUAAGUAUAGCAAUCAUGGUUGGAUUUUAGCCUGGCAAAACUCGUUAAAAAAAGCCUAUUAUUUUGGUUUUCAAAAUGAAUAGUCCAGCUGACUUUUGGUGAAUGGUCCUCACAGUUCAUUUGGUACAUAAGACAUUUUCUUUUUAUUUACUAGAGGUGAGGUAAAGUCUGGUUUAUUUUUAUUCUAAUCCUGUUUAGGUUGGGCCACAGCAGAGGUGGUCAUGACACGCCUUGUUCCCCUGUGGGUUGGUGCCAGAGGAGUAGAGUUUGACUGGAAGUACAUACAAAUGAGUUUUGAUGCAAAUGUUAGUCUUGUAAGUAAUCAAUUUGCAUCAGCCCAGGAUAAAAAUUUUUUCAGGCUUUCCAAGUUUUAUUUUGGCCUGUUAUCUGAUGUCUAUGUUGGGGAUCAAUAAUUUUAUCUGUGGUUUAAAUUUUAUUUUUCUUUGUUUUGGGGUAUUUAAUGUAUAAUAACAAGUUAAAAACAAAAGGAAAGAAAUUAUUUAAACCAAAUUCAACCACAACUUCUAAUUAUUUUUCUAUUAUUUUUCAAUAAUUAAAAUAAAUAAUAACGUAGUCUACAGCGUGCUUUGUUCUAAUAACUUGCAUUAACUAAUAUUUUUAGUUAAGAAGAAUACAUUUCUUCAGUAUCAGUCAUCAAUGAUAACUAGUGCACAGUGUACUGUUCUAGGAAGCUGGGCAUGCAUUGACUGAGUGGGUAUCAACUUUCCUGGCUGAAAUAUGGCCCUUACUUUAAAGGAAAGAGAGUUCGAGAGCCAAAUGGCCACAAAUAUCCAGAUCUCUUCUACCUUCAAAUACCACCAGAAAGCUGAGAUUAAAAAGUGCUCUACACAAAUGAACAAAAUCCAUAACAAAUCUUUUAUUAAUCACUGUGAUUUUUUACAAUCCUUAGCAUAAUGUGGAAAAAAUAACAAAUUAAUGAAAGAUUUUUAUAUUUUUGUUCUUGGAAACAUCAAUUGAUGUGGAGCCUCUGAAAAAAUUUAUUGUAAUGUUGUAGCAAAAAACCAAUCUAACUACACUGUAACAGUGUCCUCAUCCAAAUCUAGAGAACUCACAUUCCGGUUAUUUGCAGAUUUUACCUCUUUUGCAGCGUUACACUGUAUGUCACCUCAUGGAAAUAUCAGAUACAUGUAAUUCAGACUGUACUAAUAAUUUUUUUGCACUAUACCAAAAUCUCUUCAAAAUUCAUUUAAUGCAAUACUAUCUGUAAUAAUUAAUGGUCACCCUGUUCUGCUAUAGAGUAAAAUUAAUGGCUCUGUGAAUUUUUACAUAGGUACAGCACAUCUCAACAGCAGCUUUAGUUUGGCUCUGGAGCAGGACUGAUCUUCAAAAGUCCUUUCUUCCACUAGUAAUGGUUUUCAUGACAUUAGCAUGUUACAGGCCCCUUCUUAUUGAGUAAGUGCUGUCAGUAUUCAGUUAGUGAUAAAAAUAAUGCUAAAAAAUUAUUCAUUUUUUACAAAAUACAUGUAACUUUAAAACAGGUAGAAACUUGUGAAGGGACUGCUGAUGAGGUUUCCACUUCACAUUGGAGUGGAUAACUUCCACCAAAGGGAGUAAAUGCAUGAAAUCUCGAGUUGUGCAAAAAUAUUGUACAUAUUUUCAGCUAAGGUACUAAGUUUGAGAGUGAUCUCAAUAAAUUAAUGAACAAAGGCAUGGCUCUGAAUUUUUACAGAAUUUUGUAAAACGGGAGGAAAGUUUGUGGCCCCAACAUAAUUAUCUUAUUGCAUUUUGCUAACAGUGUUUGUCUUUGUUUAAUUUUUAUUGUGACAUAUAAGUUUUAAACUUGGAAUCUUAGUGAAUUAAUUUAAGGUGCUCUAUUCAGCAUUGUUAUAACUGGUCCCUGCGAAAAAUCAAAGAAGUAUGAAAGGAUCUUUGGCAAGAGGAAGAGAGAGAGAUCCAUGACUGUAUGUUAGCCCAAGACAGAUUCAAAGUUGUAAUUAUUUUGAAAAUCGUGAAUGUUAUUUCAGUGGCUCAAGUGUUAAUUUAAUUUUGUUUUGUAGAGUCUUAAGCCAUGUCUUUGGAAUUCACUCCUGGAGCUUGCUGUUGUUAAAGGCAACCUUCACAUCCUGCAUUGGAAUUGUAGCUCUUCAGUUGUACCUGACACUAACUAAUGGCAAACAAAACAGAACAUAA